UUGAAUUUCAACUCUUGAACUAUCAUCUAUGUGCUAAUAUCAUGGCUUCCUCAAUGCUCAAAACCCAUAGCUUCAUCUUUUUCCUUAUUCUCUUCUUCAUCAAUGUCAUCGCCAAUCGUUGGUCAGAUUAUGAGGUUUUCGGCAAGUACAUAUCUAUAUCAUCAUUGGGUCUCAAGCGAGAAAGGUUAUCUCACCUUCACUUCUACUUCCACGAUGUAGUCUCCGGUAAAAAUGCCACUGCAAUCCGUGUCACAGCUGAAGCACCCUUGACCAACCGUUCCUCACCAUUCAUCUUCGGAGAUGUAUAUGUUGUCGAUGACCCUUUGAUGAUCGAGCCCGAUAUCAACUCAAAAAUCGUGGGAAAAGCACAAGGAUCUUAUGUGGUCGCGUCGCAAGGGGAAUUAAGCUUGUUAAUGGUACUCAACUUUGCUUUCACGGAAGGUAAAUACAAUGGUAGCACUCUUAGUGUUUUGGGGCGUAAUGAGGUUCUUUCCACAGUGAGAGAGAUGCCGAUUGUUGGUGGGAACGGUGUUUUCCGAUUCGCUCGAGGUUAUGCUCAAGUAAGGACUCAUUCAAUCACUCAAAUCCAUGCUAUUGUGGAGUAUAAUGUUUUUGUAGUCCAUUAUUGUUGAUGGUUAGCUUAAUUUCUCACAUAUUUUAUUGCCUACAUUUAGGGUUGAAUUUACUAUUGUUCAUCACAUGAUUAUUUUGUUGUUCAUAUAAUUUUCCUUCACUAUUGAUAAUGGAUCUA